AUGGGCGCAUUACUGUCCAUCCCCUUCCUGGCCAUGCCCGCCAUGGGCACGGUAUGGAGCAUGGCCGCCUCCUGCUGUGGAGCAGCAACAUGCAGCGCCGUUCUGGGCUCGUGUGGAGGGAAAUGCGGCAACAGCAUCGCCACCCGUAUCGCCUACGCGCUCCUCCUUCUCGUCAACUCGAUCAUCUCAUGGAUCAUGCUCACCGACUGGGCCAUGAAGAAGCUCGCCCACCUGACCCUGGACUACGUCGACAUCAAGUGCCAUGGCGAACUGUGCUACGGAUACGUCGCUGUGCAGCGCAUAAACUUCGCCCUCGGCUUCUUCCACGUCAUCAUGGCCCUCAUGCUCAUCGGCGUGCGGUCUUCCAAGGACGGGCGCGCGCCUAUCCAGAACGGCUUCUGGGCGCCAAAGGUCUUGGGCUGGAUCCUGAUGAUCGUCCUCACCUUCUUCAUCCCCAACUCGUUCUUCCUCGUCUGGGGCCAGUACAUCGCCAUGAUCGGCGCCUGCCUCUUCCUGCUAAUUGGACUCAUUUUGCUGGUUGACUUGGCGCAUAAUUGGGCCGAAUACUGCCAGGAGAAGAUCGAGACGUCCGAGUCGCGCGUCUGGACUGGACUGCUUGUCGGUUCUGCCCUGUCCAUGUACCUGGCUUCCAUCGCCAUGACCGUCGUCAUGUACAUCUACUUUGCCAAGAGCGGGUGCGGCAUGAACCAGGCAGCCAUCACGAUCAACCUCAUGUUCCUGCUCGUGACAUCAGUCAUCUCCAUCCACCCAGCCGUCCAGAGCGUCAACCCCCGCGCCGGUCUCGCCCAAUCCGCCAUCGUCGCCAUCUACUGCACCUACCUGACCCUCUCAGCUGUAGGCAUGGAACCCGACGACCACCAAUGCAACCCCCUCAUCCGCGCCCGCGGCACCCGCAAAGCCACCAUCAUCAUCGGCGCAAUCGUCACCUUCAUCACCGUCGCCUACACCACGACCCGCGCCGCAACCUACGGCUUCGCGCUCGGCGCCCAGGGCAACUCCUACGGCAACGGCUACGCCCAAGUCAGCACCGACGACUACGAGCACGGCCUCGUCUCCCAACAACCCGAAUCCCGCCGCGAAAUGCGCCAAGCCGCCCUCCGCGCCGCCGUCGAAUCCGGCUCCCUCCCCGCCUCCGCCCUCGACGACUCAGACUCCGACGACGAAGACGACGAUUCCCCCUCCUCCAAAGCCCCACGCGACGACGAACGAAACGCAACACAGUACAACUACACGCUCUUCCACAUCAUCUUCUUCCUCAGCACGACUUGGGUCGCUACCCUGCUUACGAGCAACUUUGACGAGACGGUGCAGAAUGACUUUGUCCCUGUCGGUCGCACGUAUUGGGCGAGUUGGGCGAAGAUUAUCAGCGCGUGGGUCUGCUAUGCGAUUUAUGGGUGGAGUCUUGUUGCGCCGCUUGUCCUGCCCGAUCGGUUUGAUUAUUAG